AAGGUUUAAGUGAAAGAUAAAAACCUUUUGUUAAGUUGUACCUAGAAUAGACUGGCACACGGUAGGUGUUUUAGUGCUUCGUACCUUUUAAAUAUCUUUUUCAACUAUGGCAUCUGUUUGUCAGUAUUGACUUCAGCCAUGCAAUUAUUUUUCUAAAUGUUUGUAUUGAGAAAACAACAAUCUAAAUCUAGGGAGGGAAGCUUAUUUUGUUUUUACCUCUAUUAAUGUUUUUACUCAUAGUGCUUUUUAAUUCUACCACAAGGCAGAGAAUUUUCAGUUGUGCUUGCUUGUCUGCAAUACAUUUUACCAAAAAAAGUAUCUUUAGGAGUGGAAUGGCACUAAAACUUUUAGUUUUUGCUUGCUUCUAAACUAGUGCUUUUUCUAUUAUUUAAAACACUCAAAAGGUGGUUGUCAGAGUUUCUGUUGUUGUUUUUUUAAAUAAUGAGAAAUUUCAUAGCAAACUAUAGCCAAGAUUAAAACAUUAAGUAUAAUUGUUACCUGAUUAUUAUAGCCACAAGGUUUUAAUUUUCAGAGAGUAAUUUGGCAGGUUAUUGCCUGUUUUUGACUAAUUUUAUACCACUGUUAGUCUACUAGAAAAUAGAAAACCUGGAUGGUUAGUAAAGGAAGAGUGAUAAGUAUGUUUUAGAUAGGAUAAGGGAAGUUACAGGCAUCGAAAAUCUAACAAUAUUUUACACAGGCAAAUCAAUUAAAUGGACCUUCAUUAGAUGUAAGAGUUUAGGCAAAAGAAGGCCAAAUGAGGUAUUUGGUGGAAGAUUCAUGUGUCUGGCUGAGGCACAUGGCCUUUGGCAUUUUAUUGCGGUAUUUUAGAUUAUUGGUGUGUAUAAGCUUGAAGAGCUCAUCCAAGCCUGUUAUACCUGUAAAAUUGGGUAGUAUUUACCCAACUGGUUUCUAACUUGGCUUUACAAUAAUAAAAGGUAAAGCACUUAGCGUAGUCCUUGGUAUUUGCAAUAAGUGUUCGAUUGAUGUUACCCUGUUAAACCAGUAUGACCUUGUAAAAUGGGAUUGAGCAAAGUUAAUCUCGGUGUUUUCCCAGUUUGAAGUUUGUUAUGGUGGAAGGAGAAACACGUUUUGGGGAUACUCUUCGUGUGUCAUAUUAAUGGCUGAUUUUCUUAUAAUUUUACAAAAGAGACAGUAAGCAAGCAUUAUGUUUUUAUAGGAAAUUGAAGUAUAAACAGUUUUAUUUGGUAACUGAGCACAUACUGAGCUAGGUUCAAAUCUCAGUUCUACUGCUUAUGCAACAUAAUCUUCAAACCCAGGACUAAAUUUUAAAACCUUAUCUUCAAAUUUUAACCAUGUUACUUUUUUUAUAUUAGGAUUGUGGUUAUUGAUAAUUCUUUUAUCAAUACUAUAUGUUUGCUCUCAAAUAAUUGUAACAAAAACUGUAUUCAGUUAAUGAUUCUAGGAUGUAAUUUUUAUUAAAGAGCCGAUGCAUAGCAUAGGCACUGUUGAGCUCUACUUAGUGUAUUCUUAAAUUUUUAGUAUUCUUAAAGAGAAAUGCCUUCCCCACCUUUUAAACUGCUAUUACUGAUAACCUGAAAAAAUUUUAAUUUUUCUCAGUACUACUGUUUAAGACAGUGUUUUCUUAGGAGGACAUUUUGUUUAUCCUACAUGCUUAUUCUGUUUUAUUGGUAAAGUCCUUGAAAUCAUUGACCCAUGCUGUUUCUAUUUUUGAGAUACUCAAUCUAUUUUCUCAUCUAGAUGUUCCCUUCCCUUCUGUUUCACACCUUGUAUGGGUUUCUGGACUUCUCUGUACCUUUCAUCACACUCUUUAGUCUCUUGGGUACCAGUCCCUAGUCUGCUGAGCCAGUUCACAGGCUCAGCCAAAAUAAGAAAAUGAAAUGAGAUACAGUGCCUCUUGGCCUUAUAAUUUCAGUUCUUGAUUCAAACCUGGUGCCUAUUUUUUUUUUUUAAGGCAGUGUUAAACGAAUUUAGAAUAAUCCCAGUAUUUUGAGAAAUUAAAUGGAAUUCUCUAGUCUCUUGCUCAAAAAGUUGCCCACAGAAUCAUCCGAGAGCUUGUUGGAAAUGCAAAAUCUUAGGCCCUGCCCAGAAUCUGAAUCAGAAUCCGUAUUUUAACAAAAUCUCCAGAUGUUUUCUAUGCACAUUAAUUUUUGAGAGGCACUGCUGUAGUAGCCCAUCCUCUGAUUUUAUUUAUAGAGAGGAAAACUGGUCAUUCAUUUAUUCAACAAAUAUUUUAAUUGUGUUUAAAAGGCUCAGAAUUAAGACAAAUACUUGUUCUGGAUAUGUUUAAAAUUAGGAAUGAUUUAUCAAAAUGAGUUCUCCAACAGAUAGGCACAGGGUCCUCUGGGCUAUGAGGGAUUAUGCCUAGGAGGAUUUCUUGGAGUUGACCCUAUAGGUUUACCAGGCUGUCAAAGGCUAGUGUGUGGGGAGACCUUGGAAGUGUGUAGAUGGCAUGUUUGGAGUUUGCAAGUACAAUUGACCCUUGAACAAUGGGUUUGAACUGCAUGGGUCUACUUACUAUAUUUUUUAAAAAAUAUAGUUGGCUUUCCAUAUUCCUGGGUUUCUCACUCACAGAGGGCCGAUUAUAUGCAUUGGUCUAAGCUAUUUUAUAUAAGACUUAAACACUUGAGGAUCUUGGUAUUUGCGUGAGGUCGUAGAACCAGUAUCUUAUGGAUACCUAGGGACUAUUUAAGGUUUUGGGGAGUCAAAAGUUACGAAUUUUCGACAGCUUGGGUGUUGGCACCCCUAACCUUGCCAUAAUUCAAAGGUUAAUUCCAAUACAUCGGAGCAUGAGGGAAAGGAGAGUGGGUUGGAUUGUGAAUUUUGCUUUCGUCCUAAAGGCAGUGAUAGUCCAUGUAUACUGAAUAUAUUGUGCCAGACAUAGUUCCAAACAUUUCACUCCAGUUAAUCUCAAAAAUUGCCACCUGUGGGUAAGUACCAAUUUAUGGUCACCUUUUAGACAAAGCAGCACAAUAAAUCAUACCAAACAGCCAAAAUUCAAAUCUUGGUAGUCAAGGAAGGCAAGAGAUUCAAGAAUAAAGGAGUGAUCAAUGCCACAUUGACAAAUGAAGGUCAUUUGUUAAGAACUGAUAAAUCCCCACUGUAUUUGGCAAUUGGAUCACUGGCUAAUAGCAAGUGCAAUGUUAGUGGAAAGGUGUGUGUACUUGUCAAGAUGGUUCUACGAAAAAAUGUGAGGCCAGGGAAGGACUGAGUCCACGCUACCUUUUUUUUUUUCUUUUUUUUAAUUCAUAUAAACUCGGUCAUUUCUAUUUAUUUUUUUAAUACCUACAGGGCCUGGUAUUCCAAGGCGAUCUCCCAUCCUAGUACUAACCAGGCCCAACCCUGCUUAAGCUUCCGAGAUUAGGUCGGGUGCAUUCACGGCACACUACUCUUGAAAGUUGGUGAAAGCAGAAACUUCAUGGUGGUUGGGACAUUGGAGUGCUGGAGUCAGACCUGGAUUUGAAGUCUACCUCUGCCACUGCUGUAUGAUACUGUCAACGGCUAAAGUGUCCAAGGAAGCCUCUUCAUCCACAAAAUGGGAUUAAACCUACUUCACAGGGUUGGGAAGGAUAAAUUAAUGCAUGUAAAAUAUCUGGAACAGCAAGUACUCUAUAAAAUGGAAUUAAGGUUUAGAAGAGGGUUUGUUUUUAAUGAUGAGAAUUUUAAUAGGUUGAGAUGCUACAGCCAUGAGAGGUUGAAUGGUGAAAAGGUCUAUACAGAUAGGAAAGGGUGGUCUGGUUUCACAGUGAAGCCUGUUGAUUUAGUGCUCACCCCACUUCUCAAAUCAGUCAAGAGAAGUGACACCUAUAGAAUUUCCAUCUGGAGGAGCUCAGAAACAAUCUUAGAAAGUGGGGCCUAAGGCUGAUUUUUACUAAAAACAAUGUGCCUACCAAGCAUACUGUCCCCCUUCCUUGGGGGUGUGGGAUUGGUGGUGAUUUGGGAAGGGCUGAUGAAGAUUAUGGUUCUGUCAAGACCUUACAAACUGCUUUUAAAAGCCUCCCUUGGUGCGGGUACUUAGCUGAGGACUUUCUGGUGACUCCACACGUGUGCCUGACCUGCGUGACCAUCUGAACGAAUUUCUCUGCGCGAGGGUAAACGCGAGGCUUCAAAGUGUGCGCCCGCUUCCCUUCCCCCACCACUGGAGACACUGGGCGGGUCCCCGGCACACGCUCAGGAGCCGCUGAGCCGGCGGGCCGAGGCACCUCCUGGUGACCAGGACACCAGCCUCGGCCUAGGGAGCGAGGUUGCCGCAAUGGACCAGCCCGUAAUCUCCAUCACCACCACAGUAAGGGAAGAUGUGGGGCAUGGUGGUUCAGUGGUCAUGGCCUCUAAGCCAAUCCGGAAGACAUCAUCUUUUGAAAGAGAAGGAUGGUGGAGAAUAGCAUUAACAAAUACUCCUAUCCCUGGCACUUACCACUUGAAAACUUUUAUUGAAGACUCCCUAUCAAAUCCAGUGGCAGCAACCUACAAUUUUAAAAAUGAAGGAAGAAAAAAACCACCUCUUGUGCAAAGAAACAAUCCAGUCUUAAAUGACCUUCCCCAGUACAUGCCUCCUGACUUCCUGGACUUGUUGAAGAAGCAAGUGGCCACUUACUCAUUUAAAGACAAACCGCGGUCAAGCCCCAGCACACUGGUUUACAAAGAUCAGUCAGUUAAGCUUUCACCAGGGCAAUAUGAUCUACUUCCUGCACCAGUUCCCAAGUACGCUUCCAGGAGCUUUGUAUUUCGUUCUACAGUUCAAAGAUUUCCAACAAGCUGCUUCACUCCUCGUGAAGGUCCAGGACCAGGUUAUUAUGACUUGAAAAUACCUUCGACAACUUCUGUUAGUUCUUGUUUUCAAUCCAAAGUACCUCGAUUCUUGCCCGCCUGUUCAAAAACCCCAGGCCCAGGAGCAUACACCUCUUCAGCACAAUUCCCCAGGCAGCCCCGGACGAUAGCCAAAAUGGGGCGAGAACACAGCCUCUUCUUCAACAACACAGUUGGCUUUUAAAAUAAAGCCAUCUCGCUCCUAAGCUACUUUGAGUUUUAGCAAGUUCUUGUUAAGACAACUGUUUUGUGUACUCUUUGGAGGAUUUGAGUCAGGACCUAGCAGAUUGCCCAGGGUGACCAUCCAGCCUGCUUAUCUGGAAUAAUUCCAGCAUAACUUUCAGUUCACUCUCAAAAGUGUCCUGGUUGAACAAUAAAUUAU